AUGUCCGCUCCUGACAGCAUCAUCAACUACUGGAGUACUCUUCGUCAUCUUACUACCAGCGAUACGCAUUUUUUCAAGUCCGGAAUCAACUUCGCUAGUCUCACAAGCCUCGAUCUAAAGACAAUCUUCAUCGGCACCAUUCUGCGUCUCAACGGACCUGGGUGUCUGCAGGGUGCUGAGAACCUUCAGGACCUAGCUUUGACUGUAUCGAUACAGUUCGCCGAUCGUCUCUUGAUUGAAAAGGCAGAGAUACAACUAGGUGACCUAUUCGAAGCACUCGGUUGCGUUCAGCUUCAAAGUCUCAAAAUACUGCUUAUUAACGACGGCUAUCAUAUCGGCGAUGACCUUAAUACGCAGCUCGAAGCAGGCUAUUUCAUGGACCAAUUGAACUACAUGCAAGAUGCUCUAGAGACACUUUCUAUCACGCUCGAAACGACCGACGAUGACUCAGAACUUGAGUGGCUGCUCGAUAUGGUAACAAGCCCGAAGAAUUCUCUUAAUCACUUCACCACCAUGAAACAUCUUGUCCUCCCGCAGGCGUUCAUCCUUGCCACCGGGUCUGCGCCUUGGACAAGCAAGUCUUGUCAACCGAAGGAUUUGCCACCUAGGCUAGAGACACUAGAGAUAUUCUAUCCCGGGGAAGAGGUUGAGGAUUGGGUAGCUGGCUUCGUAACAGAAAACACCGAUGAGGCCUCGUCUUUCGUGGCUCUCAAUGAGAUCACGUUGACUUGUCGUGACGAGGUUGGUACACCGGCCUCACACUUCUUUACGGAAGUCGACAAGAUCUGGUGGGAGCUAGCGACGAAUCAAGGGAUUAACACGUACACCUUCUGCCAGAUCCAAGAACAUAGAUCUAACUUGGCGGAGUUGUGGUACGAAGAAAGCCUGGCCACAGCUGAUAGUGAAGAAGAGCAGGAUGAGGAAGAGGGCGAACGGAACGAUGAAACCGAUGGCGAUGGGGCUGGCGAUGACGACGAGAUGUUCGGCAUUCCCUUUUGA